UAAAUGACCCUUUACUUACUUAUUUUAUUACACAUGGUUCAUGCUCUUAUGGACCUGGCCGCUUUCAUGCUUCUCUCUGCUGCUUACAUUCGACCGGAAUACAAUUGUAUAUAGAUUUGGAACAAUAGCUCAACAUCUUUAGGAAAAGAUGCAAUUAACAAUGGAAUCAAAAGGAUUUGAUAAAAAGACGAUGCGACAAAUGCUUUUAACAGAAGACGAAUUUAUUUCACAAAUAUUCUCUAUUACAUCUUUUCCAAAACGUGAAGCAGGACAAAAUAAUUCAUUGCAAGAGGAAAAAUCAACAAAAGAAGUUGAGCCAUUUACAUUGCUAGGUAGGAAAACAAAGCGGGCACAAACUUUUGAGGAAUUACAUGCCAAACUGCAAGAAUUAAAAAGUGUAAAAAAGUUAGAUUAUAAACAGAAACUUCUUAAAAAGAAUUUGAAGAAUAAACUCAAGAAAAAGAAAACAAGGGAAGAACGUUUUUUACAAAAAAAACUCGCUAGAACAGAACAGAACGCAGCUGGUGGUAAUAAAGCAAAAAUUGACAAUGAGGAGAUGCCAAAAGUUCCGAAACCAAAACCGGUGUUUAAUUCGGAAGGCAAAAUGGUAUUUAGUAAAUUUGAUUUCUCUGAGAUUGGCGUGAAGAAGAAAUUACCGAAAAACGACCCCAAGAAGAUGUUACAUCAAUUACAACAGAAAAAAGAAAAAUUGAAACAAUUAGAACAAUCUGGCGAUAAAGAAACAGCUGAUAACAUUAGAGAGAAAGAUGCAUGGAAAUCUGCAUUGUUAAGAGCUAGUGGUGAAAAAGUUAAAGAUGAUCCUGAACUGCUGAAACGUUCCAUGAAACGAAAGGAACAGAUAAAGAAACAGAGUGUACAAAAGUGGAAGUCCAGAAUAGAGAAUACACAGAAAUCUAUACAGGAGAGACAAGAGAAACGACGAGAAAAUAUUAUGAAGAAAAAGAAAGAAAAGAAGUUGAAUAAGUUAAAAAAAGCGGCGAAAAAAGGACGCAUAGUAUCUGGACUUUAAUUAGUAAUUAUAAUUUAAGAUACAUAUAUAUACAUAUGUAUAUAUAUAACAAAUUCUGUACGUGUGCACGACAAGUGCCAAGAUUACUGUCGAUGUCACGUUUAUAGAAAGAUUUAUAGAAAGAUGAGUUAACGAAGUUAAAUAGCUCUUGUUAAAAUAUUUUUUAAUAAAGAAAAUGAGAUUCGAAUAAAACCUGUGUAUAAUACCGAUAUCUAUGUACAUAUAACAUAUAUCUUAAUAUAUAUAUAUAUAUAUAUACAGAACAUAUAUGUACAGAAGUCGCGAACGAUACUUUAUUCAUACAAUUCUACUUUUGUUUGUACAUUAACAAGUUUCUAUUUACAUUUAUAAGUUUGUAUCGUAGACCAGCUAUGGAUACUCUUCUUUGUAAGCAACUAUAUCUUGUAUCUUGUAAAACGCUUUACUCGUGAGUGAGACGAGUAAAUGGUAUAAAAUUUUACGUGCGUCGCACGCAAUGCUCGUCGCAUAUACACACACAUACACAGAACGUAGGACGCUUCACUAUUAAAAUAUUGUUUUGUUACAAAGUUUGUUUUCUUCACAGCAUUGUAUGUGUAUUUGCAAUGACAAACAAUUAUAUGUUUUCUACUGUA